AUGGCCUUACCCAGACAAGACAUGGGGCAGAAUUCAUUGCGAUUUCGCAGAACCGGCAAAAUGUAUUUACUAGUAGUUGAUGCGCAUACGAAAUGGCCAGAAAUAAUCAACUUUAAUACUAACACAAAAGCGUAUAAACUAAUUGAAGUUUUCAAAGAACUGUUCUCAAGAUUUGGUUUCCCUUAUCAUUGUGUAACGGACGGAGGUCCCCAGUUCAGAAGUGAUGAAUUCCGCCAAUUUUUGGCUAGACAUGGCGUAAAACAAUCAUUAAGCCCACCUUAUCACCCAGCUACCAAUGGAGCGGCCGAGAAUUUAGUUCAAACAUUCAAAGAUAAAGUGAAAAAAAUUGUAAAAGGGGAGGAGUGUGUAGAAAAUGCGAUUAAAAUGUUUUUGUUUGAUUAUAGAAGUAUAGAACACUGCACGACUCACCGGAGUCCAGCGUACAUAAUGUACAAGCGCGAGCUGCGCACGCGAUUUGAUCUUUUGCGUCCUAACGUGAGCGAAAUAGUUGAAAAAAAUCAAAAGGCGCAAAUAAACGCUAGGCCGGGAAACCGCAAAGUUAAUUUCGAACCGGGAGAUCAAAUUAUGAUCGACGAUUAUGGAGUUAGGUCGGAAAGGCGCAUUGAAGGCGAAGUUGUUAGCCAAACAUCUCCGUCCACGUUCAUGGUGAAAGACAAAAACGGAGUCUUGCAGAAAAGACACGUGGAUCAAAUGCUCAGGCGUUCGCCCAGGUUACGCAGGGAAUUGAAUUAA